AUGCCCAAAGAAACAGAACCCGCCGAUGGCAAGCUGAAGGUACUCGCGCUCCACGGUUACCGACAGAAUGCGGAUACAUUUAAAGCCAAGCUCGGAUCGUUUCGCAAGUUCCUGAACAAGUAUGUAGAGUUUGUGUUUGUUUCGGCACCCCACACGGCAGCACCACUCGAGGCUGGCAGCGAUCCCGACCCCAGCCAACGGAGCUGGUGGUUCAACAAGGAGGACCGCACCUUUAAGGGCACCAACCAGGGCGGGCCGGCGUACGGGUUUGAUGAAAGUUUGCGACUGGUGGAGAAAACUUGGCAAACCGAAGGAUGUCAUGGUUUAUUAGGAUUUUCACAAGGCGCCUGCUUUGUUGGCUUGUUGUGCGAUUUAAGUGCUAGGGGAAUGACUACGAUGAAACCGCAGUUUGCCGUGCUUGCUUCCGGCUUUCGAUCGGGCAGUUUAGUGCAUUUAAAUUACUACGAAAACAAAAUACAGGUACCAUCGCUUCACAUUUACGGAGAGACGGAUGAAAUCAUUACGAAAGAUAUGUCUGAAUCUCUAUCGGAAACGUUUCUCGAUCCGGAAAUCGUUACCCAUCCGGGAGGUCACUACUUCCCGGCUCAAGCUGCGCUAAAGGAAACGUACAUCGAGUUUUUCCGCGACCAAUUACAACAACAUCUUGAAGCCAAAGAACUGCAAAACGCAACGGAAGCGAACAGUUUUCACAUUGAAGAACCGGCAGAUCUAGAAGCACCGCCAGAGCAUAGCGAAAGUGAUUCGGAUUCUGAUUAAUAUAGAAAA